CAAUAAAAGAAAUAAUGAUUCAAAGAAAAUGACUUCUUCCUUGACCCUGAUGAUUCCAUUGUUUGUUUCUUCAUCAUCAGUUUUAAAUACUUGGAGGGCUUCUUGAAAAAGUGAUGCUGUACUGGCUUUGCAGUGAAAUUCUACAAUCUAGAUAACAUUCAUUCCCUAUCCACCAGGUCUUUUUACUUAUGAUGAUCCUCUCCAUCACCCAUAGUUUGGAAGACACUGCCUGCCAACAUUGCCAGUUGUACCUAACUCCUGCUUCUUGGUCUCUGAUGAACUCCUCUAAAUUUAUGCACAAUUCCAUGAUGCAUCUUUAUGAGGUAAAAUGCAUCAUGAGGUGUUCUUCACUUGGAUAAAUUGCCACACUUCUGUGUUUGUCUAAAGAGACAUGCAAAGACCUAAGGUGGAUACAUCUGGCUUGAUCAACUGAAGAAAGCAACCUGGACUUUUUCUCAAAGAAUAUGUCAGAAUAUCACAAUGAUCCCAUCUAGCAACAGCACAAUCACUUCGUUGGUUCCAAAUGUGAGCACCUUCUGGAUUCGAGACUUCCAAAGAAAAGGGCUUCCCAAUGAAGCUCCACUGUUCACUAGCACCUAUGGCCCGUCUCAUUCAAAUGAGAGCCUUUUCUUCACUACUGUGGACAUGACCAAUGUGUCAAAUGUUCCUCCUGAUCCUCUGGGAGGACAUGCUGUCUGGCAAGUUGUCCUGAUUGCUUUCCUCACUGGCAUUCUGGCCCUUGUCACCAUCAUCGGGAACAUCCUGGUGAUUGUGGCAUUUAAAGUCAACAAACAACUGAAAACGGUUAACAAUUACUUUUUAUUGAGUCUUGCUUGUGCAGACCUGAUAAUUGGUAUUAUUUCCAUGAACCUUUUCACCACAUAUCUAAUCAUGGGCCGCUGGGCUUUGGGAGACUUGGCCUGUGACCUAUGGCUCUCCAUUGACUAUGUGGCAAGCAAUGCUUCUGUCAUGAAUCUGCUGGUCAUCAGUUUUGACAGAUAUUUUUCCAUCACGAGGCCACUUACCUAUAGAGCUAAACGAACAACCAGAAGGGCUGCAGUGAUGAUUGGCUUAGCUUGGGUCAUCUCAUUCAUCCUUUGGGCUCCUGCUAUUCUGUUCUGGCAAUAUUUUGUUGGGAAGCGGACUGUUGAAGAGGGUGAAUGUUAUAUCCAGUUCCUAAAUGAACCUGUCCUCACUUUCGGCACUGCCAUAGCUGCCUUUUAUUUGCCAGUUACCAUUAUGAGUAUUUUGUACUGGAGGAUAUACAAGGAGACAGAGAAACGUACCAAAGAGUUAGCAGGACUCCAGGCUUCUGGCAGUGAGGCUGAGGCAGCAUGUUUUGUCAACCAAACAGGAAGUUCUAGAAGCUGCAGCAGUUAUGAACUGCAGCAGCAGAACACAAAACGUACCAAGCGAAGAAAAUAUGGAGGCUGCAACUUCUGGAUGACAUCCAAGAGCUGGAAACCCAGUUCAGAUCAAGUUGAUCAGGAGCAUAGCAGCAGUGACAGCUGGAACAACAAUGAUGGCAAUGCAUCCCUUGAGAACUCUGCCUCUUCUGAUGAAGAUGACAUUGCCUCAGACACUCGAGCCAUCUACUCCAUUGUACUAAAGCUUCCAGGACAUAGUACAAUUCUCAACUCUACAAAACUGCCUUCAACGGAAGAUCUGCCAGGGUCAGAGGAUGAACUGCAGAAGUUGGACACAGAGUUGAAGGAGCAGAAACCAAAAAGGCUUCAUCUACAAAAGAGCAUGGAUGAUGGGAAUUUACAGAAAUGCUUUCCCAAACUUCCAGUUCAACCAGGAUCUGCAGUAUACACAGGAAAGGCUUCAGACUGCAUUUCAACAGGGGCAAAGGCACCUACUGCCUUACCUUUGUCAUUCAAGGAAGCCACCCUGGCCAAGAAGUUUGCCUUGAAGACAAGAAGUCAGAUCACCAAACGAAAGCGAAUGUCACUAAUCAAAGAAAAGAAAGCUGCACAGACACUUAGUGCCAUUUUGUUUGCCUUCAUUAUCACCUGGACCCCAUACAAUAUCAUGGUCCUGGUAAACACAUUUUGUAAAUGUAUCCCCAAAACAUUUUGGAACCUGGGGUACUGGCUUUGCUACAUCAAUAGUACAGUGAACCCUAUGUGCUAUGCACUCUGUAAUAAAACAUUCAGAACGACAUUCAAGAUGUUACUGCUCUGUCAGUGUGACAAACGUAAACGGCGUAAGCAACAAUAUCAGCAGAGACCAUCAGUCAUUUUUCAUAAGCGGAUUCCCCGGGAAGCUUCAUAGAAUAGUAUUUUUUAACCACAGUAAUAAACAUUUAAGGGAGGGUGGUUGCUGGAGCCGACUACAUGUAUCUUCAAGAUGUGAAAGUAGCAGCCUGGUGUAUGUAUCCUUUUAAUACUUCCUGUAUACUGUAACCGUUUAAGCCACAUUAAGCAAAAACUAAUUACAAAUGUAUUUAAUAAGGAACAACCAGAUAUCUGAAGAUUUAUCUACACAGUUCCGAAAAGCUGCAUACAAAACUGUUAGUGAUCUAUUCAGUCCUGCACUUGUUAAUCCAUUCUGGGAUCUCAGGAGAGCACGCAUAGCUAGCCCACUCCCAAUAGGUUUUCCAAUAAACCUGGUAAGAUCCAAUGUGUCACCAAUUGGACAGAUUUAUUUCAAAAUGUGGGUCCGUGAGUGUUCCAAAUACUGUACAGAUGUCCCAAACAUCUUAGAGCUUUCCAUCUUCUCCUUUUGUAGAUGUAAUGUCAAUUUGUUGACCCAGUUUAUUAAAUAACCUGUGCAGGAACAUCAGUGCUUGCUAUCUGUUUACAGGAAAGGUGAGGUCUUGUCUUUCUCAACAGUAAUUACCAUCACUACAAGAUGUGAGCAGCACAAGGGGCCUUGAAAACAGUCUUUCAGCACUUGUUUAUAUAUUAUUGAUUUGGGCAAUCUUAAAAUGGCAGCUCCACAAAGGAGAUUUGUGUACAGCAGUGAAGAAUUUCCAAAGGGUGCAUGUUAUAUCUAUACAUUUAAGCAGAAGACGAGAGUAUGUAUAUUUUUCAAGUAGAGAUAUCCUUUAAACCUUAAGAUACCCUUUAAACUGGAGAUGUGUGGCCACAUUCAGAAGGCAGAAUCUUUAUGAGUAUUUAAUUUAACACAGGGCAUGAGAAACUGGGUACAGGCUUUCCUUCAGCUUUAAAUGUGAGGGUCACAGAGGGACAUAGAUUUUCAGUGCAGUACUUAGCACCCAGUGUAGCCCUGGGAAUCUCUAAGUUGUAGAAAAGCUGGAACAUGGUUCCUGUGCAAAUCAGAGAGUAUCAUCCUUUCUACAAAUUGGGGGGGGGGGGGAGAGAGAAAGAGAUCCAGAAAGAGGCUUAAGAACAGUGUCAGCAAAAAGUCAGGUCCGUGUUUAUCCUGUGCAUUUGUUCAAGCGCAUGACAAGGACAAAGAGUCUAUGGAAUAAGCACAUCACUUCUUCCCAGCUGUCUGCGACAGGCAUGCUCCCAUGGAGAAUGCACCAGGAGAGUCUCAGAACCAAUGUCUUGUCUCUAUUUUCUGCACAUUGAAAGGCAUUUUAGACAAGGGGUAAAUAACUGUAUUUUUUUAAAAUAACAAACUGGCACUUUCAAUAACGCUUGUCAAUUUUGAAAGCUUCUGUUAUUAUUAUUAUUGCUGUUUUUGUUCCAAACAGUAGUGGAAAUUUCCAGUUUGUGCAGUACAAAGUCCCAAGUGAAUGUAAAUUGUUUCCUAAUUCAGAUAGCUAAGCACCUUCUCAGAAAGACAAAAAAAGGGCUUUAAUGUAGCUGAGACAUGAGCAGCGAUCCCUCUUACUUAUCAAUUCAGUCAGCACCGCAGAGCUUGAGCGCAACCCCCCUGCUCUUAUGCGACUCCCUUUCACUCAGUGCUGUGUGCACAGGAGGUGUUCAAAGUGGUAUGUGCCUCUGCUGUACUUUGUGAAAGUCAGGACAUCCCCGAGGAAAGGUCUGUACUUUAAGCAAUUGUUUCAGAUCAGAUUUAUUUACAUUUUAAAAAGCAAUUUUGUAUAUUACAUUUUCAAUUGACCAAGGGUUUUAUGGGGCUUCUCCCCACCUUUUUUCAUUUCUGAUCUGACACUCAGAUCUGACAAAUUUAAAAGAAAAAAGCAACUUCCUUUAUGAAAAGAGGAAUCAGUGUUGUGAACACAGAACUGGUAUAAAAGCUGCUUUUGUAUUCAGUGUGAGAUGGUGUUUACAGGUGAUUUUGACAACAGUGGAAGUAUAUUAAAUAGUGUCUGUGUAUCUGAGCUAUUUAAUUUUGUGUUCUAUUAAUAUGAAGAAAUAUUUAUAUACAUAAAUGCCACCAAAAUGUUUUAUUUAAAUGUUGAUAAGUAUUGCUCUUUGGUCUUCAACUGUAAUGUCCUUUUCAAACAGAUCAUAAAAGUGUUCUUGAAAUAUGAA